GGGCCGGGCCGGGCGGGGCAGGAGCGGAGGUGGAGGCGCUGCCUGGCGCCUCGAGCGCGGAGAAGGAGCGUGGAGCCCUGCUAGCCGGGCCAGAGCCGCCGCGGGGCCGGGCUGCACCCGCUCAGCCUCAUGGACACAUGACCAUUGUUGGAUGCCUGGGACCCUUAAGAAGCUUGGUGGUGUGACAGGGAUUCUGAACAGCUACAGGAUGUUACCUGGAGCCAGAACUAACUGACCCAGAUUGUCCUUAAUUCUCAAUGUGCCAUUCUGCCUUUCAAGAUGACUUUGUAUGUUGGAUAAAUGCAGUGUGUCAGCUCUUCAAGCUGCGACAGAGGGAAGACUGGAGGGAAGAUCACUGGCCUUUGCAGUCUAGAAGAUUGCCCUUAAUGAGGGAGAGUCUCUGAUUGUCAUUUGAAAUGCUGAGGAAUUUGUUACGAAGGAGACUUUUCUCUUAUCCCACUAAAUACUAUUUUGUCAUUCUUGUUUUAUCCUUAGUCACAUUCACUGUCUUAAGAAUUUGUCACAAGUUUGAAUUUGUAAGCCUCAGACACUUGGAACUUGUUGGAGAGAAUCCUAGUAGUAAUAUUAAUUGCACCAAAAUUUUACAAGGUGAUGCGGACGAAAUCCAGAAAGCAAAGCUUGAAAUGCUAACAGCAAACUUUAGAAAACGCCCUCGGUGGACACCCUCUGAUUAUAUCAACAUGACCAGGGACUGUACCUCUUUCAUCAAGAUGCGUAAAUAUAUCGUAGAACCCCUUAGUAAAGAGGAAGCAGGCUUCCCGAUUGCAUAUUCCAUAGUGGUUCAUCACAAAAUUGAAAUGCUUGACAGGCUCCUAAGGGCCAUUUAUAUGCCUCAGAAUUUCUAUUGCAUCCAUGUGGACAAAAAAUCAGAGGACUCCUUUGUAGCUGCAGUGAAAGGCAUCGCGUCCUGUUUCAGGAAUGUCUUUGUGGCCAGUCAGUUGGAGAGCGUGGUCUACGCGUCGUGGAGUCGGGUGCAGGCUGACCUCAACUGCAUGAAGGACCUCUACAGAAUGAGUGCAGACUGGAAGUACUUGAUCAACCUUUGUGGGAUGGAUUUUCCUAUUAAAACCAACCUGGAAAUGGUCAGGAAGCUCAAGUCCUUCAUGGGUGAAAACAACCUGGAAACAGAGAAGAUGCCAUCCCAUAAAGCAGAAAGGUGGAAAAGGCAUUACGCAGUCAUCGAUGGAAAGCUGACAGACACAGGCACCGCCAAAACGCAGCCUCCACUCAAAACGCCUCUUUUCUCAGGGAGUGCCUAUUUUGUGGUCAGCAGGGAGUAUGUGGGCUACGUGCUGGAAAAUGAAGACAUCCAAAAGUUCAUGGAGUGGGCGCAGGACACAUACAGCCCUGAUGAGUAUCUCUGGGCCACGAUCCAGAGGGUCCCGGAGGCCCCAGGUUCUCUACCGCUGAGCCACAAGUACGACCUGUCUGACAUGCAGGCUGUUGCCAGGUUUGUCAAGUGGCAGUACUUCGAAGGUGACGUUAACAAGGGCGCUCCCUAUCCACCCUGCGACGGUGUCCACGUGCGCAGCGUGUGCAUUUUUGGAGCCGGUGACUUGACCUGGAUGCUGCGCAAACACCACUUUUUUGCCAAUAAGUUUGACAUGGAUGUGGACCUCUUUGCCAUCCAGUGUCUGGAUGAGCAUCUGAGGCAUAAAGCCCUGGAGAUGUUAGAACGCUGACCACUGCGGGCAAGCUGAGGAGCGAUAAAGAUGCCCAACCUGUACCCCUCACUGCCUCCUUUGCCCUGCAGAAAGCAUCAGCACUGUAAGGGGUCUUCUCUGGGGUGGGGACUGGAGACUCCCUGAUUUCUGCAGAGCACAGUUGGUUAGAGACGAGAUCGGUUAAGGUGACGGGGAGCCAGUGGAGGAAACAAGGCACUGGGGAGAGAGGGGCAGGGUGGCUGGAGAAGAUGACCAUGUGGAAAUCAUCCUCAGGGACUGUUAAGAAGCUCAGGGAUUUAACACAAGUUUUGACUCGUGCCAAAAUUAUUUUGAGAAUUUUAAAUAUGACAGUUUUCAUAAUCUGAAUAAAUUUAUAGCAACAAACCAUCAUA